UGUUAUUAAUUUCAGUAUCCAAGGCUGCAAGGCUGCAACCACCAUUAGCAUCUAGUCACAUGGACCCAAUGGGCACAUAUUGUUGUUAUCUCGACCUGUCGAAAGACUCAGCUUAGGCCCCACUCAAGUCAACUUACCCUUCUUCCUCCUCGAUCCACGUAUGUACGCCUGCAGCUAGCUAGCAAGUACUCAGAUCUCUGGGAGUACUUGCUAGGUCCGCUUCAAGUAGUAGCAAGGAGCCAAGGAGACCGAGAUCUCGUUUCUCUCUUCCCAGCAAGGAUCCCGCAAGCUAUUGUUCCUCUCAAGAUCAUCAGAGAUGGCCACCGCAAGUAGUAACCUGCAACUACCGGCAGAACUACCCUACGAUUUUGUGAAGAAAAUUACAAAUGACUUCUCUAAGGAGCGAGAAAUUAGUGACAAUCCAUUUGGAAAACUUUACAAGGGAAUUAAUCCAGAUGAUGGCACAGUGAUUGCUGUGAAGAAACUUCAGGAAAACGCACCAAUGCCAGCUGGCAAGAUAUUUAUAAAUGAGGUUCAGAAUAUUAUGGUGCUCAAACACGCAAACAUUGUAAAAAUGGUUGGAUACUGCAGUGAAACAACAAAGAAAUUGGUGCAGUUCGAUCAUCGAUAUAUUCAGGCAGAUGUUACUGAAAGUGUACUCUGCUAUGAAUAUUUACCUAAAGGGGACCUUGCAAAGAAUCUAUUUGGUAAACUCAUUAUCGAUUGGGAUACACGUUUCAAAAUAAUCAAGGGGAUCUGCAAGGGGUUACGUUAUCUACACAAAUUAGAUAUUCCCAUAAUCCAUAUGGAUCUGAAGCCCGAGAAUAUAUUGUUGGAUGAAGAUAUGGUGCCUAAGAUUGCGGACUUUGCACUCUCUAGAGUCUUUGGCGAAGCACAAACCCGAUUGUGCACACAGACUGUCGUGGGAUCAUAUGGAUAUAUGGCUCCAGAAUAUCUAUACAGGGGUGAAAUCUCAGCGCAAUCAGACAUAUAUAGUUUAGGCCUACUCAUAAUUGAGAUCACCACAGGAGAGAAGAAUUGUCCUGAAACCAACCAACCGUCCGCAAGAAAUUUUAUUGAUAAUGUACAAAAAAAUUGGACAGAGGAUUACAUAACAUUCAAGUACUCAAGUUUAACCCCAGAUUGCCUCAAUCAAGUUAAGCGAUGCAUCAAAAUUGGGCUGGAAUGUGUUACUAUCGAUCGGAAAGGCAGACCCACUAUAGAAAAAAUUAUUGACACCCUCAACGGAAUAAACUGAAUUGCGAACAAGGUCUUCGAUCAGGUCUACAGUGAGCAUGAAAGAUGGGUCUGUUGGGAUCCGGUGAAGAAACCAUGCAUGUCCCCAUUAUUGCUAAGUGUACUUUAUUUUAUUUUGGAAAUAAGUCCCUUUGAUUGAUGUCGUGUCAUUGUGGAAAUACCAAAUGUAAUUUCUCGAGAAUUGCUGUAGAUUUUUUGUGUUGAUCAAGCAUCAAGAUGUGACAGAUUCAUACUA